AAUGCCAAAUAAAACGCAAUUGAUUGUAAAUAACGCGCGAAGUGCUUAUCAGCUGAUACAAUACGUUUAAAAAAAUCUUUAUCAAGUUAAUUGUGAUAAUCAAAAUGCACAUAGGAAAAAGUUGAAAAACAGAUCUAUAUGGAUAUUUAAUUAAUCAUGAAAUGUUCGGCGUAUUUUAUCUUAUUUUUUACAUACAUCAUAUUGUAUCAGAUCAAACCAGUAACAACAUUAUCAACAGCAGCCGCACAAACAUCGGCAACAGAGGCCCCAACAGAGACGCAGACUUUUGGAGUUUUCGAUAAUUGUACGGCAUCUGGGGCGUACAUGACUGCAUCUAUAUCACCAAAUUUUGACUACAUAUAUUCACCUAACUACGAGAGCGGGGCGUAUCCAAGUAACAUAUAUUGUAGAUGGUACGUCACGGCACCGGACAACUAUGCAGUCGAAGCAUAUUUUGACAAUGAAACAUACGCUAUUGAAAGCAAUAGCUACUGUCGCUAUGAUUACGUCAUAUUUUACGACGGUAACUUGACAACGAACACAAUGUUAAACAAGUUUUGUGGAUCGAUUCGACCAACAUCUGUGUACAGAAGUUCAAGCACUCAAAUGCUAAUAGUGUUUUCCUCAGACUAUAUCAUACAAAAAGCUGGGUUCAGAAUAAGAAUAAAGGCUGUUGACAACACGUAUCCUGGGUGUAAAGCUGACUAUGACACACACGCUGUUUUGUAUAACAGAUUGGAAAACUACAUUUUCAACAAUUAUACAUAUAUAAACAACAUCUCUUCGACGGGAUUUGGCACAUCAGAUUACCCUUUGAACAUUGAAGUAUUUUGGUUGUUUUUCAACGCUAACACCACAGGUUACAGAAUUGUCCUUGACAUUAUCAGCAUCAGUAUUGAGAGAUCAUAUAACUGUAUCUAUGAUCGACUCGUCUUGUAUAAUGGGCCAUGUAUAAAAGAUGGCGUCCAUGAUACUGUAUGUGGUUACUGGAAGAAACAAUAUAAUCUUGACGGUGAAGAAUAUCUUCUUCAUUUCCAUAGUGACGGUUAUAUUACACAGUCUGGAUUUUUGAUAAAUUACUACGCAGAGGAAAAGGCAGUGCCAAUCGCACCAACAACGUCGACAACAACGUUUGGUCCACCAGUGGGCGCUGUAGUUGACGCGGUAAAAGAAAUGUUAACGAACUAUUCCAAUGAAAAUCUGCCGACAAGAGACCUUAGUGAAGCUAUAAGAGCUUAUGUAGAUUUCUAUUUCGUUGGAAUAAACGGAAUGGACGAGGUCGAACAAAAGCUAACUUCUACAGGACAAUUUGAAGUGACGUGGGAAGAUCCAAGCCUAUCCUGGGACCCUACCAAACGCCAAGGAAUCGUGCAGGUGCUUCUCCCACAGAACGACCUUUGGAAACCGGACAUUGCAUUGAUGAACGGGUUUUCUAAGAUAACUGCAAUGGGAGCCAAGUUCAUGUUUGUAGAUAUCAAUUAUAAUGGAUCUUGUAUAUGGAAACCCUAUCAGGUUAUGGAGUCUGUGUGUAAAGUUGAUCUAACACACUAUCCAUACGACAGACAGAUAUGCAUUCUUAAGUUUGGGACUUGGUCUAGCGAUGACAGUGAAGUUGUUACAGAGCUUGGAACGCUCGGACUUCAAAUACAUCCAAAUUUUCAAGAGAAUUCUGAAUGGAAACUAAUUGCAACCGAAACCAAACAAGAAAUAAACAAUAAUCAUAAAGUUGUAGAAUUCUUCUUGACUAUUGAACGUAAUUCACGUUACGUAACCUUUUAUAUGACAAUCCCAAUCAUAAUGUUGGCUUAUAUGAAUGUCGUUACGUUCAUAAUUCCUACUGAAUCUGGAGAAAAAUCGGGGUUCAGUGUUACGAUAUUUCUAUCCUUUGUUGUUCUCUUGAUAAUCAACAACCAGUCGUUGCCAGACAACUCUGACACCAUCUCCCUGUAUGCUGCAUUUCUGCUGACAAUGACCAUAAUGAGCGCCAUUGCCCUUUUGAUAAGCGUAUUGCAAAUAAGAGCUUUAACAUUGGAGAGCCGAAGGUAUCCUAUUCCACAAUGCUUCGAAAAAAUGAUUUACUAUACAUUGAAGUUUCGAACCUACUUACCUUUUGCCAAAACAGGUGAAAAUUCAAAGCGCAAACGCAUUAAGAAAGCAGACAUCGACGUAAACAGAAACACUACGAAAGGAGAUAACGAAGCAAGUACAAGUGACAGCAGUGGCUACCAUAGUUCACCAUCUCCAAAGAAAAGGACUGUUGCUUUUAAGAUAGACAAUGAGGAAAAUUUAGAACCAGAGGAAAAUGACAGGUUUGUACUCCCUCGAAAACGUGACAAUAGUAGGUUUUCUUUUGAAAGGGAAACUACUCUUUUUGAAGCAAAUACAAUUAUAAGACCCUCCACAGCUUUAUCAAAAGAUUUGCAAGAGCUACCUGGAACGUAUAAUAAGCAAAACACUUUUCAUGAUAAAGAUCCAAAGGAAGGACAUAUAACGCUUGUACGUAAUGAAACUGAAGAACCAGAAGAUGUACCAAAACAUCCGUUUGAUAGAAAAACAGAAAAUAAAUUCGAAAAGGAAGAAAAAGAAAACAAUGGUUUUAUUUAUUCUGAGAACCAAACUGUUGAUAACGUUAAUCCUGAAUAUGAUCUCUAUGAGUUGGAGCAUUUUAAAGAAGACUUUGAGAAAGGAACGUGCUCUACCAGUGGUAACUAUAGCAAAACAUCCGUUCCAGACACAACACAAGAUAAAGAUACGAUAAAAAAUGCGAAGCCAAUAACUCUUGAUAAUAAGCUUACAAAUAAAAGCGAAAACAACACACUUAUAGAUUCAAGAUUGAAUGAAAACACUUACAAGGACACCGAACAAGUAAGUAGACCUAAUGUAAAUGUAACCAAUGUUUUAAACAUCAUUAAUAAUAAUAAAUCAGACGAUUCAUCACAAGGAAAUUUGCAAAAGUUAGAUAAACCAACAGAGGAAAGAGUUGUAAAUAGACAUCUAUCUAGAGGUGAGUCUUCAAGGGAUUUAAGGAUAAACACAGAUGAAAGCGUAGGGUAUCAGUCCGGUUCCAUAUUUGAUGAAAUAAUGGAUUUACAAGCUAGUUCAGCUUCUGAGUAUAAAAUGAAUCGACCGGUAUCCUCAACAGAAUAUCGGCCAUUAUCUGUAAAUAGAUUGUUCUCCUCAGAGGAUCACGGACUUGCUUUAGCUAGUACUGGUAGGGCAAUAUCGGUUGGAACAAGUCGACCAGGUUCAAGAAAGGAUGGCCGAGUACUUUCAGUUUUGACACAACGUCCUAUGUCUAUAGGCUGUCGCAAAAGGCCAGCGUCUGUAUUGAGCCAAAAUUACAACACAGCUUCGUUGUUUGGUGACGAUGAGACGGAGCAAGAGAAGCAGCCUCACGAAGAAGACAAUGAAUCACAAUUGAGUGGGAAACAAUCGAGUGAAAGUCUUCAAAGUAGCAUCGGGACGGACAGUUCCGACGAGGAUGGCCAUGAUUGGUCCGAUAUUGUGUCGUGCACAGACGUUAUUUUCUUUAUAAUUUACUUGUUCGUCACUACAUUAAUGUCACUUGCAAUAUUCUUGACGAUGAUAACUUCUGCCUAACUUGUUUCAAUUUUCCAAAGAAAUGUAUACAACACUCUUACAAAAUGUCAUAUUAUAAAAUAAAAGCUUAUUUAUUUGAUA